AUGCCGAAGCGGUUUCAGCGGUCGCAGUCAGCGGAUGCUUCCGGCGUCAGAGUGUUCACAGAAGUAUCGCAAGAGGGGGAGGAUUGUGAUGACGUGCUGACCCAGACUGCACUGGACGAGAUCCGUCAGCUGAAGAACCCUCCGCUGGCGGUGCGACGGACUCUGGAGGUGAUGCACAUUGUCCUCAAUGCUCAGCGGCACAGUAAAGGCUUGCCCGUGCAGGGCAUCAAGUGGGAGAGUGUACUCAGGACGUUGGCUUCGGAUGAUUUGGCGGAGCAGUUGGAGACGUACGACAUCAAUCAACUGAGAAGGUUUCCGGAUCUUGCACGGGAUCUGCAUGAUUUCUACUUCGAAGAAGGGCUAUGCUUCAACCGGCACAAGUCGCGGUGCUCCCGCAAGCUGCAGACUUCCAAGAGUAGCUUUCUCCGCCGCGCAGUUACGUCGGAGGAGCUGAAGCUCAGUCCUGGCCGAGUUCGUUAUGCCUCACGUGCUGCUGCAACGCUGUUCGCCUGGGCGGCCAAAGCUGUGAUAGAGGCGCUGCCGCCUCCCACGCCCCCGAUGCCGCCCACGCCUGAACCAGUCUUGGAAGAGGCCGAGGUGGAAGUACUGCCGGAGCUGCUGCUUCCUGGCGAGGCCGAGUCUCCGGUGCAGACACUUACAGCAGGAGUUUGGGCGACUUGCGCUCGGGGCCAUGGGCUUUGUGUGGGCAUUUCAGGUACACCUGUCUGCGCAGUCUGUGGCAAUACGAUUCUUCGCGGGGGCGAUAGUGCCUCCUGCCGCCUCUGUGGCUUCUUCGUUUGUGUAGGAUGCCGCAAAGGCACCUGGCUGAACAUCUCUGCUUCUUCUACCUCCGCAUCGUCAUCUCUGCAAAUCGAGGUUGUUGCAAUGCGAUUCUUGCGCGACGGCGAGGAGCCGCCUGCUGCGCUGGCUCAAGUCGCCCAGGUGCCGGGAGCAGCUGCUACGUGGAGCCAGCAAAAGCUCGAUGAGGUGCAAUUGAGCAUCCGAAACGACCUCGUGAAGGAAGGGGGUGCCAAGGCGUCCAUCUCAUUUGACGUGCAGGCGACACCGAAGGUGUCGCCGGUACCAUCUAGAAGUGGGUCGGGCGUCUUCGGGUUAAUGGACAUGAAGGCGUUGAAUGUGCAGCGACUGGAUGACUGUAUCGCGCAGGAGGCCCAGGUGCGAACACAAAAGCUGCAGGACAUGAAACGGGUGGUUCUGCAGCCAAAGAUUACACAGGCCCAAGGCAAGCUCGAGGCUGCCUUCUUGAAUCAGCUGGAACAUGUUCACAGCCUUCUGGCCGUCAACGAUCGGAUGGCGUCGGUGGAGAAGGCGAAUGGAGAAUCGAUGUCAAUCCUCGAAAUUCGAGUUUUGCGCAACUAUUGGAUGCUCUCUGAGGCGGGAGACAGCGCUGGCAAGUAUGUCCGGUUCAAGCCGGAGCAGGAUUUGACGGACUUCAAAAAGGCUUUCGAGAUGGAGCGAGAAAAGACUUUUCACGAGCGGCUGGAGUCUGCGAGGGUCCACACGGCUGAGCGCAGCUUUUGCGUGAUGCUGACGAAAGUACGAGAGCGGGACCGCGAGCAGCAAAAGUUCAAGGAGAUUGGCAAUAAAUGGCAGCAGGGCGAGCACGGCACGUUUCACUCAAAGGCAGACUCUACUUUCUUUAACAUGAACAAGGAUAUGCGCUGA